UGGCGACUGGUUCGCUCUUCAUUUGCUGAAGCUAUCCGCAAGUUCUACCGUCGUCCCCGUCAGUCUCCUAGUAGCACUAUGACACGCCGAAUCGUGCGAACGGCCGUUCAGCUCGGUGUCGCAGCUUUCAUCGUCUUCUUCCUCGUCGUCUUCCUUGAUAACCGCUAUCGCGUGCUCCCUCAAGCCAUCCAUGGGAGGCUGCCUCUCCACCACGAAGGUCUCGUCAUCACCGAUCUUACCAUCACAACCUGUUCGUCGCUGAACCCGAUAUCGAAAUGCCAACUCGAUCCCGACACAUGGCAUCGUGUCGAGAAGGAUUUAUACCUGGGUUCCGGGUGGCUGUCAAGCGCCUACGUCCACAUUCAGCGCAAGAAGGAGGAGCAUCUUUCAGAUGAAGAUAGGGUUAUAGUUGAUGUGCGCACUGCGAAGCUAGAUCCAGCUAUGGGAGAUAAGUCGCAGGCUUCUGAGAAAUGGGAGGCGCGACCGGCGGGCGUGUGGAUCAAGCGAUCGUCGAGACGUCACGCCAGUGACUCCAAGAAUACGGUUACAGCUGUCGAUGUUUUGUUCGGCGCAGAUGCAGUAGAACCCAGACCUGGGUGGGAAUUGGUUCCCAACGGAGCGUUGCGGAUGGACGGCGGCACCAAAGAACCACGAUUGACUGUUCGCCGAGGGCAACCUCACAAAAUCGAGAAGCCCGUACCGAGAAUUAGGAAGGAUGGCAAGUUCAAGAUCAUGCAGGUAUCUGACUUGCACCUUAGCACUGGUUUGGGCGUCUGCCGGGAUCCAGAACCAAAAGGCCAUAACGGUGGAAGAUGCGAUGCGGAUCCAAGAACCCUCGAAUUUGUUGAGAGAGUUCUUGAUGAAGAAAAGCCUGACCUGGUGGUACUUUCUGGUGAUCAGGUCAACGGAGGCACUGCGCCAGAUGUGCCGAGUGCCCUCUUUAAAAUCGUCGACGCUCUCGUUGAGCGCCAAAUCCCCUAUGCCGCCGUCUUUGGCAAUCACGAUGAUGAAGGCGUACUCUCUCGCCAGACCCAAAUGCAACUUUACGAGUCCCUACCAUAUUCCCUAUCCGAGGCUGGGCCAACCAGCAUUGACGGUGUCGGCAACUACUACGUCGAAGUCCUAGCCCACGGCAACAAUAAACAUUCAGCCUUGACCAUUUAUUUACUCGACAGUCACAGCUACUCGCCCGAUGAGACUAAAUUCAAGGGCUACGACUGGAUCAAGCCUAACCAGAUAGCCUGGUUCAACACCGCCGCCGAAACCCUCAAAGCCUCUGAUGCACACGUACACUACAGCCACACUCACCUCAACAUGGCAUUUAUUCACAUCCCUCUCCCGGAAUACAGAAUCCCGGACAACGGAUGGUAUGGCAACUGGAAAGAAGGCGUAACGGCCCCUGGUUUGAAUACCCACUUCAAAGACGCGCUAGUCAAGCAAGGCGUAAAGGCAAUAUCAUGCGGGCACGACCACGCAAACGACUAUUGUAUGCCUUCCGUGGAUGAGUCCAAAGAUCCUGAACUGUGGAUGUGCUAUGCUGGCGGGAGUGGCUUUGGAGGAUACGGAGGCUACGGAGGCUACCACCGUCGUCUACGCGUGUUCGAAGUCGAUACCAAUCAAGCUCGCAUUACCACCUGGAAAAGAUUGGAGUAUGGAGACACCGCUUCGCGACUUGAUGAACAGAUUAUUGUGGAUUCGGGCAAGGUACGUCCGCUGCCGCAACCGGAGGAAUCACAAUGAGCAUGAGAUACUGUGUGCGGAGGUAUAGUCUUAGCUCGUCGAUUUUCCUUUUUCUUUUGGUUUUCUCGUGAAUCACAGCAAGGAGUUUUACUUUGGCGUUUCUUGGAUUGCAAGUACCUUUUUUUAAGGUUUCAUACUCCUCUGGGUUUGGAUGGGAGACAUACCACCACUUGGGGAACAAGGGGGAAUGGAAAAGUACAACACCGAGUCCAUUCUUGGUUAUGUUUUUGUUUUCCAUUGUAUGAGUGUGGACUGUAUCGGGUGGACGGAAUUGGCCUCUCUUGUCUCCUCUCUAUGUAGGCAGUCUCAGUCCAUUACAAUUCGAUUGAAUGUGUCAGUUCUUUUCUAUUCCCCUGAUGGUAUAGGAAAGAUCAACCUGCGGAUAUCGAUGAGCCUGUUGGAAUUGCGUACCCGGGUGUCCCUUCCGACAAUGACAAUUGCG